AAUUGGCUUAAUGGACGAAGAUAACACAUCACCAACUUUGGGGUCCAUCUUGACCCCAGCCUUGACCAGAAUGGCAUGUAUGGUAGACGAAUAUGGGAGAAACUUGUAUCAGCAAAGAACACAAUGUUUUCGAAAAUCACAGACACCCAGAUCGAAAGGAAUACCCCUGAGUAUACAAAGCAUUACCCACAAUGAGAGAGCUAUCAUCACCAUCAUCUUUGGCAUCUCACUGACUUUGUUGUCCUCAACAGGCGAAACUUCCUUGUCAUCAACAAUACAGUUGUCGGACUUUCCUGGUUCAUCAAUAAAAUUAUCAAUCUCUUUUUCUGCAGAAUCACCAGCAUCAUUGAAGUUAGGUGAUGACUCUCCAUCAGAUUUGGAAGUAGGCUCAGCAACCACAGUAGGUUCAGCAAUAGCAAUAUUCUUUUUGGACUUCUUCGCCUUUGAGACGGCACUUGCUUUGAGCUUCUUUCGCUUUUUGGGAGACUUAGCAACUGAUGGUGAGCCUGCUCCACCAACUUCCUUUUCACCAGCAACUUCGGAUGUGGCCCCCUUUAUAUUGGAAGAUUUAUUUGGACUUGAUAAAACCCUAGUUUCAGUGGUUAGAGAAGGUUGUUGGUUUUCCACUGCCAUGUUGAAAUUUGCUGGGUUAGGGGGUGUCCUCG